AUAAUUGGAAAUAACUAGAAUGUAAUUGGAAAGUAAAUUUACAUUUUUUACCUUAUUUCAUUUCAGAGUUUUCCUAAAGAAUUUGAGCAUUGCUUGGGAAUGGCUGCAUGUAAUGACCGCUGCGUCAUAUCGAUUGAAUGGCUGCUGCCAUUGCUGAUAAUGAUGAAUCAACAACGUUUGCUGAAGAGGACGAAGAGCUAAGCGAAGAUGAUUAUAAACUCAAAGAUAAUGUUUAUAAAUUACUCGACAUGUUAGUGGAUAAUGUUACAUUAAAAAAAUUCGGUUGGCCUGAAACUAAAGAGGAGAAAGUCCUAUGCAAGGUCAAUAAAAAUUGUGGUCACGAUUUAUCAAAAGAUCCUUACAAUUAUCAGGAGUGGGAUUACGACAACAUAAAAAUCACUUGAACCAUUGAAAGGAGUAGUCUACCACACCCGUACAACGCAACAUUUGAUCAACAGAAUGGGCAAGGUCUCGAACUCCACACACUACCAAUCUACAAAAAGGCUCCAAAGGUUGGAGAAAUUCUCGAAUGCCUGCAAAAAAAGGAGAAGGAAUUCCAAGUGUCGUGGAAGAUCUCCCAUAAUCAGAACAACCAAAUACGUUGACAUCCAUAAUCAAAAGAUGACCAUUCCUACCACACAACGGAUAUAUUUGCAAAUAUCAGCAACAUAUUCCAUAAUGUAAUGACAGAUGUACAGCGUAAUCUCCGAUUAGUGAACAAACCAAGGCCCACACAGCCAACGCCAUGAGCUUCCGAGAACUUGAGCACAACUACUUAUUGAGAAAAUAUGACAUUUGAAGCCCAAUUUUAUAAAAGA